AUGGGCAACUGCAUGGAGACCUGUUCGCCAAGGCUGGAGGAGGGAGAGGUGAAACCAAGAGGAGUAGGAGAAAGUGGUGUUGGCGUUGGAAAGGAGGGUGGCUUCAAGGUUAAGAUCUUGUUGACAAGAGGGGAGCUUGAAUGGUUGAUGCUUCAGAUGGAGAAGGGGGAGAAGACGCUGGAGGACGUGUUGAUGGAGAUGGGUAGGGAGAGGAGGGAGGGAGCUGGGAAAGCCCAAGGUUGGAAACCCUCUUUGGAGAGCAUAAUCGAGGUACCGGAGGUCCAGAGUUUUGAUGCGGGCGAAUGA